CAUGCGAUGAUGGCGCCGAGCUCAAGAGGUUUUUCUUCGGCAGAGGAAGGGGUUUCAUCAAGGUGGGGGCUGAGGGUGAGGCUGCGGAGGUAGGAGGAGAAGGUGCCCGAGACAAAUAUUGACGAGUCUAAGGCCGAGAUUGACGAGUCUAAGGCCGGUUGAAGAUCAACGAGUAGAAGGUUCGGUGCGAGACUAGCGGCCACGGUGGGAGAAGGAUUCUGAUGCAUGCGUUUUUCUUCUUCUUGUGUUUGUUACCUUCUGGGGGUUCCAAUUCUGGGUUUGAGGAGGAGAAGGAGCGAUUCUGGAUUUGGUUAGUUUGGAAGGGUUUCAAUUGCUGGGUUAGCAAAGCUUUUCUGGGUUUGCGAAACUUUUCUAGGUUUGUGAAAAUUUUAUAGGAUUGUGAAUGAUUUUCUGG